AUGGGGGUUAAAGUAGAUCAUUAUAAGGUUCUAGAUUUACCCUCCGGUGAGGAAGGUGCUAAGCUCACACAGAGAGAGAUUUUGAAGGCAUACAGAGCAAAGGCAUUGCUGUUGCAUCCAGACAAGAGACCAGACUAUCCCGGCGCCAACACCGAGUUUCAACAGCUCAGGUCAUCCUAUGAGAUACUCAAGGACCCGAAAUCCCGGGCAGAGUUCGAUGCUGCUCUAGAGCUCAACGACAGUCUAGAGCUCGAGAAGGAGUACGAUGAACUGAGUCUUGUUACUAUGUUGAAUCUGGUUGCUGCUCUUUCCAUUUUGUAUGUGACACAAGUGGGAAUUUUGAUGGCUAAACGCACCGUGCAUGCAGCGGUGUGUGUAGUACAUUGGAUAUGUAGCCCUGUUAGGAAUGUGUGUGUGGGAACCGUGGUUUCAAUAGGCAGGGUAUGCAAUUAUCUGACCAGUUGUUUACAGAACAGAGAAGCAGAAAGGAAAACGUGA